AUGUACUGCAAUUCGGAUCGAGCUAGAUUGUGCUGGGACUGCGACUCUCGGGUCCACACGGCGAACUUCCUCGUGGCCAAGCAUAUCAGGACCCUCCUCUGUCGGGCCUGCCAGUCCCCGACCUCAUGGACUGGCUCGGGCCCAAAGCUAUGCCCAACUAUUUCCGUGUGCGACAAAUGCAUCCACUCUGGCAACGAGAAAAUGGAUGAUGGUGACGAUGAUGAUGACGAUGAUGAUGAUGACGACGACGACGAGGACGAGGACGAUGAUGAUGAAAUUGAUAGUGAUGAUGAUGAUGAUGGUGAGAAUCAAGUGGUGCCUUUGCCACCACCAUAUUUGGCCUCGACCUCGUCAAAAGAGAGUUCCAAGUUACCUUACAGUAUCAUUAGGAGGCCGGAAGAGAAUAAUAAGAACGGUUCGCAAAACAAAAUCAGGUCGUGGACGUGGCGAUAG